GGCCGCCGCCGCCGGGGAGGAGAAGGGGCGCUGGUUACUCCUCCCCUCAGCCAGGCAGGGGGAGUCUCUGGCGGAAGGAGGCCGGGGGUGUUGGGCGGGCUCCGCCCGCCUCGCUUGGAAAACAGUCACCCACCGACCCGCGGCUGCUGUCUGCUCCCUGGACAGACGAUCCAUGGUUCUCGCCGGCGGUUGUAGCCGCUUGGCCCUCAGCCUCCUGCUGCUGCUGGCCAGCGCUUCAGGUGAAUCUUGUAGGGCAUACACAGAUUCUGAUGGAUUCACGUAUUCUGAAAAAUCCUGCCCACAAUUCUGCUGUGGAAACUGUAUCAGUAGAUAUUGCUGCUUGGAUAGGUCAUAUAAAUUUGGAGAAGAUGAACAAUUUAUGUGUAAUGUGCUGGACGACAGGACAUAUCAACCCAUCAAGGAAGAAACGUUGAAGUUGCGUUCACACUUCGAUGAUGACUGGGAACCUAGACCCAGUUUUGGGACCUUUGUUGCUAUAGGGGUCACCCUCUUCGUGGUGUUCGUAGUCACUGUCAUUCUGUGCUUCACCUGUUCAUGCUGCUGCUUGUAUAAAAUGUGUCGGAGGCAACGGCCUGUUGUGACCACAACUUCCACCACAGUGGUCCAUGCACCAUAUCCCCAGCAGCCCGGGAUACCACCUGGUUACCCAGUGGCACCAUAUCAAGGAUAUCAUCCUGUACCAGUCCAGCCACAACCUGGAGUGCCAGCAGCACCCUACCCAACACAGUAUCCUCCACCUUAUCCAACUCAAGUUUCAGGACCACCAGCCUACCAUGAGACAAUGGCAGCUGGUGCUGGAGCGCCCUACCCAGUCAAUCAACCCCCCUACAAUCCUGCUUACAUGGACCCUCAGAAGCCUAUCUAUUGAAUGGAUUUUCUAUUAUGCCUCUGUGCAUAACUUUUUUGUAAAGUAUAACGUGCUGUUUACACCAUACAGCUGUAGCACAUUUUCCUAAAAUGCAGCAGUCCCUCAUCUCUCUGUAAAGAGAGAAAUCUAAGUCAGUAGCUUUUUAAAA